AUGCCAGGAAAACCAGAUCCACCUGAUGUAUUCAGUGUCAUUUGUUAUGCGGAGAGUGCUGAAGUAGCAUGGAAAUCUUCUUUCAAUGGAGGAGAUGUACAAAAUUUUACAGCCAUUGCUUUUAAGGAUGGUCAAUAUCAAACAAGUCGAUCUAGCUCUAUAACAGACAAGGGGGAAAAUAAAGAACAUGUGAUAUCGAUUAACGGUCUUCAACCUUCUGUUACUUACAUUUUUAAGGUUUCUGCAAUGAAUUCCCAUGGAGAAACUUUGUCAAAUACAGGUCCCACAUGCAGAACAAAAGAAAAGGCUGGUGCAAGUUUGGCGGCAAUUGCUGGAGGUACAGCAGCUGGUGGUGUAAGCAUGGCUGUUUUAGUCAUUGUUUUAGUCAUUGUUCUUCGAAGAUACAGAGGACUUGAAAAACCAGCUGCGAAAUCUCAAAGAUUAAAACAUGAUGUGGCUGAUGAUGACAGUUCAAAUGAUGAUGGUCUGAAGGACAAUGUUCUCUAUGUCCCUGCAGGACCAAGAGACAAUGGGGAUUUAGGAAACUCUGACACAGCUGAAUAUGCUGAAGUUAAUAAAAAAGGAUAUGGAAGUGACACCAAUGCAAAUGUUUAUGCCGAAGUCAAGAAAAAAGAAGAUGCGAGACCAAUUUAUGCUGAUGUAAAACCAAAGAAAGGUUUAUUUAAAAAGGGUGAAAAGACCAAACAAAAGAAAGGGAAAAAGCAAAAGUCAGACAAAAUUGGACAAGAUG